CCAGAUCUCGCUGCGCUCCAAUUCGGCCAUUCCCUGCUUUCCUCGAGACACCUGUGAGACAGCAACCUUCCCCCGUCCGGCAAAGCGGCUGUCCCUCUCACUCGUUCCAGCCAGCCAUCUAGCCAACUUUCCAGUCUUCUAGCGGCCCUUUCAUCCCAUGGAGUCUCACACAGUCUCGCAUCGUAGGCGUCAUGGUUGACUUCCGCACCACGCCAUUAUCUCAUAGCUCGACGCUAUGUCUGCCUCGGUGAUGCAAGAGGGAGCACGGGGAGGUCGUGGAAACAGGCCUCGUUGUAAGGCGAAAUGGGCGGGGGAUGGGCGGGAAAAGUGGUUGUCGUCAUGCGAUGAUAUCAGAGGUCCGCACUUACGUUGUCGGUACGUUUAUUACGAGAAGUGGGAUGUUUGUGGGGGAAUUUUUGAAGGCUUAAGUAUCAGCACACCCUCGUUUUGCUUCCCUUUGACCUUGCUACUUCCUCUUGGUUGAUUCUAAAACUUUGCUGCGGAAGCUUAAUAUUUGUCACCUCACGAUCACGGUCCAGUAACCACUUCCCGGGCUCUACAAGAAAGAAAUUCGAACCCCAGCGCAACCCGACUACAGACUUCCCCCAAAUCUCAAAAAUGGCAGGCGCGGGAAAGCGUGGCAUUCUCGGGGCCGUAUCAUGGAUCUUCCUAGCCGGCGCCCUGGUGAUGCUGUGGCUGGUGGUCCUCUCGGGCGUCACGCACCAAACGCCGCUGAACAAGAUCUGGUUCCUGCGCGCCGACACGUCGGGCAUCGCCGACGCACGACCUAUUUCCCAGUGGACGUUCUGGCAUGUCUGUGGGGACCAUAACGACAAUUGCGGGGCCUCGGUUCCGGCUCUGCCGCUGGGGUAUGCGUGGAGAGGAAACUCGAAUGGUGCGCCUGCGGCGCUGGUCGGAUCUCACGGCCAUGAUACUACGUCCAAGUACUACUACUACAUGUGGCGCUUCGGAUGGGUUUUCUUUUUCAUCGCGUUCAUCUUUGCCAAUUUGGCUGCUCUGAGCGGUUUCCUGUCGUGCCUCCGCUUGGUCGCUGGUGCGACCGGUCUGCUCACUCUCGCUGCGACAUUCUGCCUAUGCUUAGCCGCCUGCUUGAUGACCGCCGUAUUCGUCAAAGCCCGCGACCGCUUCCAGGACGAAGGCCGCAGCGCCAGCGUCGGCCGCUACGCAUUCGCCUUCACCUGGUCCUCCCUAGUGCUGCUCUUCGUCUCCGCCUGCCUGUUCCUGGGCGGGGUCCUGAUCGGUCGCAAGAAGCGCGACACGGGCACCAACGCCAAGGAGACGGCGUACAAUGACAACGUCGGGUAUCCGCCGGGAAACCAGGGGUUCGCGACCGAUAAUGUCCAGUCGGGGUAUACGACCACUGUGCCGCAGCGGACGGAUAUUAUUCGUGAGCAGGUGCCGGAGCCGACGACGGCGAGGAGCGGGCAGAGGAUGAGGGGCUUGUUCCCGAGGUAUAGGGAGGCGUCGCUGGUAUAGGGUGUUGGGUCAACGACUUGACGACUCGACGACUCGACGACGGGGACGACUGGAAGGGGCGAUCGGCAGGGGCAAUAAACAAUACGGGGAAAGAAGAGGGCGGCGACAAGAUGUAAUAUUAACUGGAGGCCAGGGGGAGGGUUAAAAGAAAGACGAGAGAGAAAAAGUAUGCUGUUGAUAGUACAGCGAUUUAAUAGGUUCGCUCAGGGCGUGUUGUGUGUUGGCGUUCCAAUAUGCCUAGUUUUUAGCUUAAGUUUGCAUACAUUGCCCG